AAGUGUUGCCCCCCUGGCAGGGCUUUACGAAGACGCGAAAUAGAUUUAAUUCCGACGUAAUCAGUUGAAUUUCCGGAGAUCGAGCGUGACGGCGCUACAUCGAGACACGAUGGUUUGAGAGGCCGAGGAAGUGUCAGGGCGCCCCGCCGAUCUGCGACGAUGAGUUGACGCUGACCGAAUGUCGUAGGAAAACAAAGAAUGGACGUCGCGGACGCCGAGGGGCCCCUGGACCCCCGCAUUCAGGUAGAACUGGAAAACUUGAACAAUGCAACCGAUGAAAUAAAUAAACUGGAGAUCGAACUGGAUGAAGCACAUACUGCCUUUAAGCAGUUACUAUCUGACUCGACGAGGAGAUUGAAAGAAAUAGCAAAUAAAUUAGGAGGGGGCUGCAUCGAGAAGGCGAGAUGUUAUUAUGAAGCAAUGGAGGUUGCCCGCCAAGCAAGGAUACAAUGCCAACGCCAAGCUCAAUUAUACCAGCGAGCAAGUGAAAUUCAUGCCGCUGCUAAGGAGACGGUGGCUCUGGCCGAGGCCAGAUUUCUAUCGCAUCAGCACGAGUGGAAUUUUGACCAGGCAUGGCAAGACAUGCUGAAUCACGCUACUAUAAAAGUAAUGGAUGCAGAAAAUCAAAAGGCUGAAUGUGGCAGAGAGCAUCAGCGAAGGGCCUCACUGUUUCACGAUGCCGAUGUGAAGGCACAGCAGCUGGAGGAAAAGCACCAUAGAGCAAUUAUCAAGGCUAAACCUUACUUCGAAGUACGAGCCCAGUGUGAUCAGAUGUUAGCGAUGCAAAAGGAAAGAGUCGAGUGCCUACAGAAGGGAGUAAGAGACGCAAAACAGGCCUACGCUGCGAGCCUUCGUGCCUUGGAAGAAAUUAGUAAUCAAAUACACGAGCGAAGGAGAGAUUACGACAUGGUAGUCAGCGGUCCUAGGGAGCCCGGAGUUGGUGCCGAACUAAUCAGUUCUGCUGAUAGUUUGAAUUACGACGCCGAACUGAAUAAGGUCAACGUCAGUAGAAUAAAUUCCUUAGCAAGCAGUGAACCUGACACCGACGACAGAGCACAAGACUUCGAAGACGUUUUGGAGCUGAAACAACGAAUGGAUCAGCUCGGUAGCCGUUCCGUCGACGGCAGCGAAUCUACCUCCAGUCAGUGGGAAUUAGAAUUGCAAGCUAGCAUGGAGAAAUUGAACAAUAUUCCCCUGAGAAAGUCCAAUUUCGAAGCGAAUAAAGACUGUCGUGAUUCGAAAUUGGAGAGCUCUACACCGCAGAGUAUUUCUCCUCUGGAGACGCACGUUAAGGAUCUUCCGGAAGCCAGUAGGAACGAGUCCAACAGAUCCAGGACAGAUUUUAAAUCUCUGAAAAGGAGCUUCGCACGUGGGGUGACGUUGCCCCAUUAUCAAGGCUGGCAGUCCCUGACGCAAAGUCCCAUAAACUCCAUUCUAAGCAGGUCUAAGAUCGCCCUAAAAAAUAGCAUAUCCAAGUCUCUGACUAACAGCCCUGUAAAUCUAGGAAACUUCAGUUUUGGGGAGACGUUGAAAACUACCAAUGCAAAAGCAAAGCCAAGUAUCGUUGAGACAACCAAAUCAAAUGCUGAUGAUAAAAUGGGAUCAGAGGUGGAGGAAUCUCGAGGGCAUCGCAACAGACUGGAGAAUAAAUCUAACCAGAAUCGCGAAGAUUCGAAUGAGAAUUUUGAAACUGUGCUGGAAACGAAAAAUUCUUCCGAAAUCAUAGUCCCUGCUGACCAAAUCUUGAACCUAGAAAGCCUCGAAAAGAGCUUGAAUUCAGAUGCAGAUAACGAUAAGAAUUGCGUGAGUGGAUCAAACCGAUUGCGAUUACAGCACAAGUCGGAUUCACGUGGUUUUAAUGAUACGGGGGAUUUUGAAAAUAAGACUUUCUUGUCGCGCAGCGUUAACGUCACGCCAACGAGGUCGAGGACUCUGGUGGAGUUGAAGAAAUCGUCGAAGUCGUUCGAUAACGGGGAUACUGACGGUGAUAGGGAAUCGAUUAUGGCCGAUCGGCAGGUGCGGUCUGCGAAGGAGUUGCCUUUGCUCUCGAUUUUUGAAUGCUCAGUCUCGUCGAAGACCGUGAUGAGCAAAAGCUGCAGCAUGGUUAAUCUGGCUGAGAAAAGGAAUCUAAUGGCGCUUUUGGAUAGUUCAAAGUUGGGGAACAUUCACGCGGUCAGCGUCGAAAGACUGGCUAACGCUCGACAUAAUUUGGUUGGGGAGAGUUCUGAGCCACGAAACGAAUACCCAAAAAAAUGAAUGCUGAUGAUUGCAUGAUGCCACAUAAAUUGUGAUACAUGCAGAAAGUUGAGGAUCGGCACCGUAAUGAUUUUAUAUGUUAAUGCUGCCUGAUGUUCCGAAGCUUCGAAACAUUGAUUUCUUCUUUCGCGGUGCAUAAGGAAUCAUGACGCGCUGAUCUUCAACUCUGCUGACUUAAGAGUGGCGAGUACGAACAAUUUAAUUAUAAGGGUGCCAAAACGAAAGUACAGACCUAACACUGCAUAUUAUACGUGCAUAAUUGAUACUAACUGAUCGAAUUAAAGAGGAAAUGUUCAGAAUAUUCCUGUCGAAAGGUAACAGAGUGCCCCACUUCGGAAGAGAAGGAAAUGUAACGAACAUGAUCUUUUUUUUAAUGAUAUUAUUUUGCAACACGAAGACUCAAAUCCAUCGAUACUGAUUCUGGAAAAUCAAAUGAUAUUCUUCGUUAAGUUUAUAUUUGGUGCACUAGAGAUUAACGUUACCGUACAAAUCAUGGCACUGAAAAAUCUCGAGCGCGUUAGGGAUGAAUUUUUUAACUCGCAUUUUAUACGCCUUGGAUAAGGAUUAGUUAAUAAAUUCGUUGUUCCUGGAUGUCGAUCCUAGAAGCAGGAUUGCUUUCGAAGGUAGCUGACGCACAAAAUCGCGUACGUAAUUUAUAGAAACUAAAAGAUGAAGAUGCCACGCAUUAAUCAUUGUUUGAACGCGUUUGAUAAGGCGCUCGUAAAUAUUAAUUCGUCGACCUAGGUCGCAGUCGCUCAAUCUGAAGUUUUCCUAACUAAAGGCGAAGUGGAUAUUCUUAAUCGUAAACGAACUCCGAGGCAAUGAAUUAAUGUUAUGUUAAUUAAGUGGGACCUUUUAGUGCCAUGCGGAUUUUCUACUAACAUGUAACAAAUUAGAGAGGAGCCUGCAACGAGGCCAGGCAAAUGUAAUUAGAGAUCACGACAAAGCGAUAAUUUGUACAUAUGUAAUAGCUAUGUCACGGAGGCAUUUAUAUAGCACAUAAAGUCAUACGAAUGCCUUCGUGAAUUGGCACGCACUCAAUCGAUUCAUUCAUUGGCAUCUACCCGGUCCGUUAACUCAAUUAUUUUAAUGACACGGAUUUUGAAACAAUUAUUAUAAAUCUUCUAUUUCACGUCUCACUAGGCUAAAAUGUAUAUAAUUCGUUACUAGAAUUUUCUACUGGGAAUACACUAAGUUAUAUACCUUAUUAUAAUAUCGAUCUGUUAUAUAAAAAUCGACCUAAAAAGGGAAUAAAAAUACGAAAGUUUUAGCGUAAAUCUGGCAUUUUAAAAUUGCAAUUGUAACAAAUGACCGAUGUUUUCGACGUUGAAGGUUUGCCUAUCGAUAGGUAGAUUCUUUUUUUAACAAAAGCCAGAAUGUUUACACCUUCUACUGUUACUUGACGGUGGAACUUUAGAUAAUCCUAGCGUGAAGAAUUUAGAAAUGCGAAAAUCAUACGAGCCGAACAAGUAUGGAGAACCGUUUGUAAAUAUCCUGAACUAUCGAGCAGUUUAUUGGUUUCCUUUGAAACGCCUGAUAGUUUUUAAGUUGUGUACCUUUCAAGCUAAUCGUGUUAAUAUUUAAUCAUGUUAACGAUUCUUUUAUAUACAUAUUCUGCACCGGAUCUAAUAUAUUAGUAUACCUUCCGAUAAGUCCAGUUCUGUGGACAUGGAAUUCCGUUCUAAUUUAAUGGUAUGUUUCGCAGUCCCUUUAAAUUAGUGUAUAUACUUUUGUAUGAAUAAUCGCUCGAUAACACCGAUAUUAUACAAACUACUUAGACGAAUAGGAACACUAACGGUAUAUUCGGAAUAUUUCCGAGGAUUGUGGCAUGUCAAAGGCCAAGAUGAAUUUAACUACCGAAUCGAAUACCCGCGUUAUCUCGCUAUCAUUAGAUUUCUAUUAAUUAUCCUCCGAUUAGUCUUAGAUAAUUAUUUAAUCACCGAUUCCUUCCGACAGUCCCGAUCUCGAGGGACUCUGCGUAGGCAGAAAUAUUCUUUAAUGCUAAUAGCGUAGAGUUUUGCGCACAACCUCGCUGCCUUAGUUCGUAUGACUUUGUACAAUCGAAAUUUUAUAGAUACGACUUAUCCAAUCGAGUGCCAGGGGUACGAAAUCGGAAAUCCUUCCACGAGAAUGACAUAGAUUUAUACUCGCACAGUUAACUUUAACAGCCGAUUUUACGUUGACGUAGCAAACAUACGCGCAAAGUUAUACUCAGACUGUUUGGACCUCUCUUUUGCCAGGCAAAAAAUCUAAGACCUCCAUUUAGCCCCCAUGGGUUUGAAACUUUUUUUUUAUUUCUUUUUUAAACGGAGUUUAAUUUAAUUUAAUUCGACACCGUGGAGGAUCUCAACAGUUUGAUCGUGACCAUGCCAUCUCAUAUGUUCCUUAGGGCCACAUAUAAUAAAACUGCCGCAUAAUCCUGAAAA